AGGGAAGUCAGUGCCAGGCAGAGCUCACCUCUCCCGCCAGAGUCAUGCCAGCGCGGGCCCUGCUGCCCGUCCUGCUCCUCUGUGUGCUGCUGCGACAGGCCGAGGGAGGGUUCCGUGGCCAGAGGCGGACACAGAGAACACAGCUACCCACAGACAUCAAGGUGUGCGAGAAGCCCACCAACAUAUACAUGUGCAGACGCAGGUGUGAGUAUCACCAAGAGUGUCAAGCAAAUAACAUCUGCUGUUCCACCUUCUGCGGGAACGUUUGCAUGAGCCUCCUGUGAGAUGGAGAGGAGCCGGGCAGGGGCAUCCUGCUCCCCUGACCCUCUGUUCAGGGACAGUGCCCGCCAC